AUGCUAGUUCGCUCUCUUUUGGAGAGCAUCGAGGGCUUCCGAACAGGCCUAUGGCCAGACACGCGACAGCAUGCCCCUUGGCUUUGGCCAUACGCGGCACUCAUCUUGGGAGUCGCCGUCUUUGGCUUACUCUUUCGCAGAAAACGGUCCAGUCUGCGAGUGUAUAACCCGAAGAAAUGGUGGGAACUCACAAACAUGAGGUCCAGGAGGGACUUUGACACGCAUGGUCCGGACUGGAUCCAGGCUUGGUUCUCGAAGAACGACGAGCCCAUCCGCUUCGUUGUCGAUUCUGGAUACUGUUCCAUCCUCCCAUCCUCCAUGGCUGACGAGUUUCGGAAAAUGAAGGAACUUUGCAUGUACAAGUUCUUGGCAACCGACUUCCACUCCCAUCUCCAUGGCUUCGAUGGGUUCAAGGAAGUCACCCGAGAUGCGCACCUUGCGACCAAGGUUGUGUUGGGCCAGUUUCAGACACAAGCCAACAAAUACGUGGUCCCACUGUCUUUAAAAGCCAAGAGUGCUAUAUCAGACGUGAUGGGCGACAACAAAGAAUGGCACACGACGCAUUUCUACAACCAAGGAUUGGACUUGAUUGUACGCACCGUCGAGUUCAUAAUGGUGGGGGAGGAGUUGAGUAGCAACCCAGAAUGGUUGGACAUUUCGAAAAAGCAUGCCUUGACGAUGGCUGUACACGCUCGCCAGCUUCGUUUGUGGUCCAAGCUGCUACGACCUUUUGUCCACUACCUCAGCCCUCUAGGCAAGAAUCUGCGCGAUCAAGUAGACAAGACACGCAGCCUCGUCGAACCCAUCGUGCAGAAACGACGUUCCGAGAGAGCGGCAUGCUUGGCCAAGGGCGUGAAGCCGCCGGUGUAUGUCGAUUCGAUACAGUGGUUUGAGGAAGCGGCCAACGGCGACUGGUACGAUGCUGCAGGUGCUCAACUCGCCAUGCACUUUGCCGGAAUCUACGCCACAUCAGAUCUCCUUAUUGGCUCCCUUGUAGACAUAUGCAGACACCCGGAAAUCAUAGAACCACUGCGUCAGGAGAUCCGCACCUGCAUUGCAGAGGGAGGCUGGACGCCCGCCUCGUUAUUCAAGAUGAAGCUCCUCGACAGCUGCAUGAAAGAGACGCAACGCAUCAAGCCGGUCGAGUGCGCCACCAUGCGAAGUUACGCUCUGCGGGAUGUGACGUUCUCUAACGGUACCUUCAUACCCAAGGGCGAACUGGUGGCCGUUGCGGCAGACCGGAUGAACAACCCCAACGUAUGGGAAGAGCCGGAAAAAUACGACCCUUACAGAUUUAUGCGCAUGCGCCAGGAUCCAGAGAAGGCCGCGAGCGCUCUCCUGGAGAACACCAGCGCCGACCACGUUGGCUUUGGCUGGAACCCUAGGGCGUGCCCCGGCCGUUUCUUCGCCGCCAAGGAGGUAAAGAUCUUGCUGGCCCAUCUUUUGAUCCAGUAUGACUUCAAGCCUGUGCCUGGGGACAACCUUGAGCUUUUCCGCCACUCGUUCAGUGUUCGGAUACAUCCCAAUACGAGGCUCAUGGUACGAAGGCGUGAUGAGGAACUUCCUCUCCCAGGUAGUCAGUAA